UUUGCAGACAGAAAAAGAAAGAAGCCGAAAUGCGUGAGUACGAAAAGCUUGAUAAGCUGGCCGACAGGGGUAAUGCUCGAAAAUUCUACGAACAAAUGCGGCGGCUUACAGAAGGUUUCAAAACCGGAGCAUACUCUUGUAGAACCCCCAAAGGUGAUCUAGUCACCGAUGCCCAGAGCAUACUUAGAUUAUGGAGGGAACACUUCUCCAGCCUGCUGAAUGGCAGUGAACACAACACCAGGAGAUGGCGAACCCGAUUCCCUAAUCGAUGACGAUGGAGCAGACGUUCCAUUGCCCGACCGUGAAGAAGUUCGAAUAGCCAUUACCCGUCUGAAGAACAACAAAGCGGCGGGGGCUGAUGGAUUGCCGGCCGAGCUAUUCAACCACGGCGGCUAAGAACUGAUAAGGAGCAUGCAUCAGCUUCUUUGUGAAAUAUGGUCGGACGAAAGCAUGCCCAACGAUUGGAAUUUAAGUGUGCUCUGCUCAAUCCAUAAAAAAGGAGCCUCCUCAACAUCGCAUAUAAGGUUCUAUCGAGCGUAUUGUGUGAAAGAUUAAAGCCCACCGUCAACAAACUGACUGGACCUUAUCAUUGUGGCUUUAGACCUGGCAAAUCAACAACCGACCAGAUAUUCACCUUGCGCCAAAUCUUGGAAAAGACCCGUGAAAGAAGAAUUGACACAUACCACCUCUUCGUCGAUUUCAAAGCUGCUUUCGACAGCACGAAAAGGAGCUGCCUUUAUGCCGCGAUGUCUGGAUUUGGUAUCCCCGCAAAACUAAUACGGCUGUGUAAACUGACGUUGAGUAACACCAAAAGCUCCGUCAGAAUCGGGAAGGACCUCUCCGAGCCGUUGGAUACCAAACGAAGUUUCAGACAAGGCGACUCCCUAUCGUACGACUUCUUCAACCUGCUUCUAGAGAAAAUAGUUCGAGCUGCAGAACUAAAUAGAGAAGAUACCAUCUUCUAUAAAAGUGUACAGCUGCUGGCGUAUGCCGAUGAUAUUGAUAUCAUCGGCCUCAACACCCACGCCGUUAGUUCUGCUUUCUCCAGUCUGGACAAGGAAGCACAGAAAAUGGGUCUGGCAGUGAACGAGGGCAAAACGAAAUAUCUCCUGUCAUCAAACAAACAAUCGUCGCACUCGCGACUUGGCUCUCACGUCACUGUUGACAGUCAUAACUUUGAAGUUGUAGAUAAUUUCGUCUAUUUAGGAACCAGCAUUAAUACCACCAACAAUGUCAGCCUGGAAAUCCAACGCAGGAUUGCUGUUGCCAACAGGUGCUACUUCGGACUGAGUAGGCAAUUGAACAAAAGCCAACUCUAUAUGUCGCUCAUAAUUCCCGUCCUGCUAUACGGUGCAGAGGCUUGGACGAUGACAGCAACCGAUGAGUCGACGUUACGAGUUUUCGAGGAGAGGUUCUGCGAAAGAUUUAUGGUCCUUUGCGCGUUGGCCACGGCGAAUAUCGCAUUCGAUGGAACGAUGAGCUAUACGAGAUAUACGACGACAUUGACAUAGUUCAGCGAAUUAAAAGACAGCGGCUACGCUGGCUAGGUCAUGUUGUCCGGAUGGACGAAAACACUCCAGCUCUGAAAGUAUUCGACGCAGUACCCAUCGGGGAAGCAGAGGAAGAGGAAGACCUCCACUCCGUUAGAAGGACCAAGUGGAGAAGGACCUGGCUUCGCUUUGAAUAUCCAAUUGGCGCCACGUAGCGAAAAGAAGCAACGACUGGCGCGCUGUUGUUAACUCGGCUAUAAUCGCGUAAGCGGUGUCUACGCCAAUUAAGAAGAAGAAGAAGAUGUUAAACUAAUCGAUCUAAACGAUUUUGUCUGGUAGUUUUCUUUUCCCAGAUUAGGCGCUUACUCUAAAUGGGUAUAAGCAUUAUAUAUAACAACAAGCAACGCAGUGAAACAGUAGAUCAUUCUGCAGAAGUGCGGGAAAUAUAUAGUCCGGACCGGCUGAUUUAAAAGGCAUAAAAGAUUUGGUAACCAUUUAUUGGGUGAACACAAUACCAUCAUCUUGACAGAGUAGUAUGACAGGUUCGAAAUAUCUCGCAUCAGGCUGUGGAAAAUAAGUAUCUUGUAACUUUGAGUCAGGUCCUUCCUAAACCUCUUGGUAAAGGUCGGUUGUGCUACCUUUAUUCAUUGUAUUAUUUCCUUAGAAUUGUUGUGCUCGAACAGAUCCAUUUUUUUGCAUACUACUAUUCUUUCUGCUGUGAUAGAAACCGCCACUUCUCUCCAUCUGCGCAGUUGACGAUGGGGUGCUCGGGUUUUCUCUGGAAGACGCUUUAAUCGAUGGCAAUUCCAUUCGCCUUCUCGUCCGCGCCAUUCCAUAGUAUACAACGUCGGGGGCAACACUCCGACGAAGGUAUUGUCGCAACCUGGCGGUGACAAAUCCUGAACUUGACGGUGGAGAACUGCAAGCGAGCCCUACCAACAAUAGACUGGAAAAAUGUGUAUGGAGUAUGGGUCUAUACCCAUAGCAGCAUCUUUAAAAUUGUCUUCGUGGACGUUACAGCCAGUCUCCACCUUGGAGGCCGUUCGUUACCAUAGACUAUCUUCCACUUCUCGAAUGGCUGACUCUAAACUUUUGUCCACCCAAUAGCGAUUGCUACUACGCCGUAAAAUGAUGCUUGAAAAAGUAAUGAAAAACACAAGAAAAAUAUGAACGAAAUAAAUUUUCUUAAAAUCUUCUUUUAACAUAACAAUCUGAACUGAUUCAUCUACAUCCCAACAUGAUGAAUGACGUAAUCUUUAUUAUAUGAGCCUUGGGUGCACCCUAUAUAUAGACAUAGCCAUCAGAUUCAAUCAUUGAAAUGUAGAAAAAUAAAAAUAAAAUCGAAAAUUUUCACAUCAAGCUAUCAAUUAUAAAUAAUGUUUUGAUCUCGUCGAAGGAUUUAUAUCUAAUAACGCAAUGGCUGCAGCUUCAACAUCUGAUAGUACGGACGUCGUUUUCAAGCAACACAAAGUUGUCCCUGACGUCAUACCAGUGGCGCCGAAACAAUAUCUAAAGGUCAGUUACAAAAAUGUAUUGGCUGAAAAUGGAAAGGAGCUAACACCAACACAGGUGGCAACACAGCCCUCGAUCGAGUGGAAUGCCGAAAACGAUGCUUUUUAUACGAUAAUUAUGACAGAUCCGGAUGCACCAAGCCGCAGCAAUCCGAAAUUUCGUGAAUUUAAUCACUGGUUGGUUACCAAUAUUCACGGAACGGACAUUAGUAGUGGUGAUGUCUUAACCGCGUAUGUAGGGUCUGGCCCACCACAGGGGACUGGUCUCCAUCGAUAUGUUUUCUUAGUAUACAAACAACCAGCCGAAAUACGCUUUCUGGAAACUCGCGUACCAAAAAAUAGUAGUCAAAAUAGACCGAACUUUAGUGCAACGAAAUUUGCGAAGAAAUAUAAAUUGGGUGAGCCCAUUGCAGGAAAUUUCUUUCAGGCGCAGUGGGACGAGUAUGUUCCUACUGUGCAUAGGCAAUUAUCUGGAAAGAAGUAAACUUAAGUGUAGUUUGA